UCGUAAGGUGCACAGCUUAAUAACUAAGCGAAAGAGAAUUCCCAAAAGGAAAGGUUACGACUUCGCCUUCAUUUUCCUGCAGCUGCGCAACUGGCCAAGAAAAACAACAACAAAAACUAUUUGUCUUUACAGAUUGAAAUACCAAACAUGGAGGGCGAUUCGGAAAAUCGCAAGGAUCCAGUCCUUGAGCGACUGAACAAGAGGAACAAGGACAGGCAAAAUUAUUUGGAUGUGCAAUCGGAGCAGCGUUCCAAAGAAUCUGUGCAGAACGAGGGCGUUGACUACUUCUCCCAGACUUUCCGGCAAAGGACCAUCGAUAUAGAGCAGCGAUUGAAGGAUAUACAAUGUGGCGAUGCUCCGCCCCCGGAUUUGGCCAGGAAUUUUGCGGACAUAACCCUGGAGAUCCAGGAUUUACAGCGAUAUCUCACCGCUUCCACUAUGUUUCUCUCCGAUUUCAAGAUCAAAUCCUGUCAGAAUAUCCUAAACACCCUGACUGCAGUCAGUGAUGAGACCCGCCAACGUCUGAUGCCCAAAAAAAAGUUUGGUUUCAGUGGCAAAAAGACAGCUACCAAGCUGAAAUCAUCUGAAAAUAAGGAUAUAGUUGAUUCAAAGCUAACUAAAACGACGGAUAAAUUGGUCUCCAACUUUAGCUGGACCAUAGAGAAUCGAAAGAACGAGCACUUAGUCCUGGAUUCCAGACAAGUUAAUGGUCAGGAUAUCACCAUCUCGAAUAUAAGUCAUUGUUUGGUGGAGCUGCAAGGACAUCCGGGUUCUGUGCAGGUUUCCCGGGCCUCGCAUUGCACUUUGCUAUGUGGCCCCAUCGCGAGAUCCUUUUUCGCCGAGAAUCUGGACGAGUGCACCCUGUCUAUUGCUUGCCAGCAGCUAAGAUUGCACUCAUCCGGAAUUAUUCGUAUUUAUCUGCAUGUCACCUGUCGCGCCAUCAUUGAGGACUGUAAGGACAUUGAGAUCGGGGAGUUUAACUAUGAUUAUCCGGAACUAGAGGCCGAUUACCUAGCUUCUGGACUCAAUAAGUCACAGAACAACUACACGGACGUGGCGGAUUUUAACUGGUUGUCGCCAGAUGUCCCUUCGCCCAACUGGAGCCUCCUAAAAGACCAUCCCGAUCCGAAUUGGAACGCUUUACGCCGGAAUUUCAUCGCCAAUAGCCACAAUGUUGGACAAAAGCAGGUUGAUAAUGUGGUCAGGGAUAUCUCCAUCAUUUAGUGGCGGCAUCGGCGGCUGCUCCUCGGUUGGCUGGCCUACGGAAUCAUUCUCGGUUGGCUGCUCUGGGAAAUGCUGCUCAGGCCCCCAGUUAGUGGGUUUAAUAAAUCGCGAUCUGUGUAAAUAGCUUUAAGAGUGUUUAAUAAAUAACCAUUUAAUCCAA